GCUUUCAACAUGAGUUCCAUAAAAUUUUUAAAAUGUAAACAUCUUUUCUUGCCAUGGGAUUUAAUUAAGUAAUGUUAAUAAAGAUGAUUUAUGUGUUUUAUCCCAAUGAAAAGUUUUUAUGCUAUUGUCCGAAGAAAUGUCUCGGUGAAAUUACUCGAUUGCAGAUACAAAUACCUGUGAAUCGAAAUUAAAAUGGUAAACUCUUAUUUACGCAACUUACUUUCGCAUUAGGAAAACAUGACUUUUUAAAAUAUUUCACUCUGUCAUGCCAGAAAUCAUGACAUAUUUCAAAAACAUUGCUAUUGUAGGUGUAUUAUGAACAAUGGCUCAUGUGAAAGUUGGCAUGGUCAUGGUUAGUGAUGGAAAAAGCAGACCUCAACCAAUGCGAUUGCAGCUGAGCAGCAGCACUUUGAUUCUGCAAAAAGAGGAAAUGGUUCCUGUUGGUUUACCAUCUACUUCUGUUGGAGUAACACAUGAUAGUAUUGAUGCACAAGAAAGAAUUGUGAAAGUAGUGAGGCAGGAUGUUGGUGGCUUAGGCUUAAGCAUAAAGGGAGGUGCUGAAAAUAAGCUCCCAAUUUUAAUAUCAAGAAUUUUCAAAAGCCAAGCUGCUGAUCAGACUGGCAAUCUUUUUGUGGGGGAUGCUAUUCUGACAGUAAAUGAUAUCAGCCUUGAGCAUGUGAAUCAUGAUGAUGCUGUAAAUGUCUUACGAACUGCUGGUGAUGAAGUUACUUUACGGGUUAAGCACUAUAAAGCUGCACUUCCAUUUCUUGCAAAAAGUUUGCAGAGACAGAAAGAAAGACCAGUAUCUGGAGAAGAUCCCACCUACAAGCUUAAAGAUGAUGAUGAAGAUUGGAAAGGCGCUCAGAAAAGUCCAAAAACUCCUCCAGGGGCUUCCAGAAUGGAAAGGAGAUGGGUUGAUGUAAUGACGAUACAUCUACUGAUGGCUUAUCUCACACGAUAUAUGUUGGAUACAGAUAAACUUAGGCCAAAUGCUUUUGAAAUUAGAAGUCAAGAAGGAAAGCCUUCCGCUGUAGUACACUGUGAUGAUUCUAGCAUGUUGUCAGAAUGGAUAAAACAUAUUUCAACAAAUAUUUUACAUUUGACAGCACAACAAAUAAAAAGUUUCAACGAAUCUUUACCUCAACCUGAUCAGAUUUUAUAUAUGGGUUGGGUAAGUGAGGGUUUCCCAGCUCCUCAGCCUUGGUACAAAUGGCAGCCCCAUUUCCUGGCCCUCAAAGGGGCUGAACUUUAUCGUUUUGAAGCUCCUCCUAGCAAUGUACAGUCGUUUUCAAGUUGUCCAAAUGUGUUCAAAGUUUAUCAAGCUAUGUUAAAAAUUUUAAAGGAGUCACAAUACAUUGAUGAAAGACAGCAUUGUUUCAUGUUGCACACUGGGGUUUCUGACACACAUUACUUAUGUGCUGAGAAUAAAGCAGAAUUGCUCAGGAUAGAAAAUGGAUGGCACAGAGCCACUUAUAAUGCUGUUACCAGAUUAGGGAGUAAAACUUUUUCUGUGGUCUAUAAAGGGAAAACCGGUGGAUUGACCUUAGAUUGGACUAAUGGUUUUGCUUUAUAUGAUACUGAAUCAAAGUGCUAUGCAUGGAGGUAUAGGUUUUCACAGUUGAAAGGUUCCUCAGAUGAUGGCAAAAGUAAACUUACUUUGAACUUUCAAGAUCCUGAGAAAAAAGAAGUUGAAUCUGAGGAAGUAGAAUGUCAAGUGCUCUCUGCUCUUCUGUAUUGCAUGCAUGCCUUUCUAACUGCCAAGGUGGCUUCUGUGGAUCCAGCAUUUUUACGCACCAAUUGAGUAAUUUUGACAUCAAGUUUUCUCUUGUAUCCAUUAUUUUAGGCUUAUAUUAUUAUCAAAAUCUGAUACAAAACUAUACAAGUGUUAUUUGAUUAGUUAAUGUUUUACCAGAGGUACACAUUUUGGAAAUUCAUUAAUUGUAAGUUGUAAUAGAAUAUAGUUUCAGUUUGAAAUUUAAAAGUAUUUAGAAUUAAAGUGAAGUGUGAUUAAUUUAUUUUUAAUUGUUGUUUGGACCCCAAUAUAUCGUCGGCUCAGAGGAAAAACUCACUAAGUGCACUUUGAUUAAUUUCUAGAAAUGUGGGGAAAAUGUAAAAAAUAGUUAUUAAUAACAAAAGAAAAAAAAGAAACUAUGAGCGAUUUUAUGUUGCAACAUUAUUAUUAUUUUUUUAUUAUUGUUCAAGUUUUGUUUUAAGCUUACAUUAUUGUAAUUUCGUAUUAAUCUUCCCAGCUUAACUUUUCAUGGAAAAUUAUGAACUUAAUGACUUUUAAAAUGCACGUAUUAAGUUUUUCCUCGAAACCAACAGUAGUCCAUAUUUCCAUUUAAAUGAAUAGGUUAAAAUUAAUUGAAACUCAUAACUGUACAGAAACUAGAAUUCUCAAUGUUUGUUUCAAAAAUUUGAAUAUUAUUCAAAGUGAAAUGUUUGUUUUGUAAAUAUGAUGGGAUAUGUAAGGACGGUAGUUACAGUGGAGUUAAAGAAAAAAAAACUAACACAACUUGAAUUCAUUAUAUUUCUUGACAUUCGAAAUCUGUAAUUGAAGAGUAUCUGUUUUCAACUAUUCUUAUUUGCUGUUUUUCAACUUCAUCAGUAUUUUAGGGGAUAAUAUUAUUAAAAAUCCAUGAAGUUCACAUUUGAGAACCAAGUUUUAAAUGGAUAUUCUUAAAGUUAUUUUUUGUCCAAAGCGUACUUUUGUAUAAAAAGAUAGCUUGUUAUCUAGUGCAAGCUUGCAAAACUUGAAGCUAAAUUAUGUAAC